AAGGUAACUUCACAAUCAAAAUAAAAAUUUGGUUAUGUUUAUCUAUUUACGACCAACGUUUUCAAAAAAAUUCACAAAUGUAUCUCGAUUUAAGGCCAUUACUAUCAGUUCACGUAAAUGUAGUGCAAGCAAAACAACCUCCACGUCUAGUUAUUGCAUGAAUUCCGUAAAACAACAUGACUAUGAAAACUUUAUAUGCACUUUGUUACUCAAAGAUGAAGCUAGAUCGUGUGCAUUUGCUGUACGCGCUUUCAAUGUCGAAGUAUCGAGAGUCUUAGACCAAGUAUCGAAAUCAGAUAUUGGUCUUAUGAGAAUGAAGUUUUGGGAGGAUGCACUUUUGGCAUGUUUCAGUAAAGAUAUAAGCAAAAUACCUCAACAUCCUGUAGCUUUGGAACUGUUUAAAGCUAUAACACGAUGCAAUUUAACCAAACGAUAUUUUACCUCGUUAAUUAAGAGUAGAUAUGAUCUGUUGAAACACAACACGUUUGAAAAUCUGGAAGCGAUAGAAGCACACUCUGAAAAAUCUAUAUCAAGUGUUUACUAUUUGAUAUUGGAGGGAUCUAAAGUUAGAAAUGUAAAUGCUGACCAUGCCGCUUCCCAUUUAGGUAAAGCGCAAGGACUUGUUCAACAACUAAGAUGUGUUCAUAUGGCGAAAAACUUAAACGCAAUACCUCUACCUCAAGAUAUUUUAGUAAAGCAUCAAGUUAGUCAUGAAGAAAUUCUUCGUUGUAGACCAAGCAGUAGGUUAAGCGAAUGUAGUUUCGAAGUUGCCAGUCGUGCUCAUCAGCAUCUCGUGAAGGCACGUGGUAUUUUAAAAAACGUACCAGAGGAAGGAAGGCGUGCAUUACUGCCGGCUGUGGCAGUUCACAACUACUUAGAUAAAUUACAGAAGUUAGAUUACAAUGUAUUCGAUCCACACUUACAAGUACGAAGUUGGUGGUGGAUUCCUAGAGUGUGGUUCACAAAUUUAAAAAAAAAAUACUAGUUCUCUAUCUCUGUAAAAUUAAUUAAAUUAUUUCAUUUGAU